AUAUUGUGUGUAUUCGUGGAUCGUUUAUAAUCAAUUUGUCAACUCACAAAGGUGGUUCCAUCAACUAGCAACAUCUCUGAUGUUCAAGUCUGAGGCUGCCUCACUUGUUGGAAUUUGGAGGGUGGGCGAAGAUGGCGAAUGGGACGAGACAGACAUUCGCACACCAAAUAACGAGACGACAUAUCAGGUGGGGGCACUGCAGCCCUACACCGUCUACAGUUUUCGAGUGAUGGCCAUGAAUGCAAUGGGACUCAGUCAACCAAGUAAACCGUCCUAUUAUAUGGUCACUCUGCGUGAAGUACCAGCAGGACAUGUGACUAUCACAAACGCAAAAAACGAAUCCGCUAGCUCGGUGUACUUCAGCUGGUUGGCCCCUCCCCCAGACACGAUAUUCGGUGAAUUUCUCGGAUACCGAAUUUCUUACAAACCGAGGACCAGGCCGGAGGACAACAAAGAGAUCUAUCUCAGGGAUCCCACAGUAACGAAUCACCUGCUGACUCAAUUAGAACCGUGGACCCAGUACUACGUCACUGUUCAGGUAUUCAAUCCCGAAGGACUUGGGCCCAACACUACAGUGCUAAUCAUGACAGAUGAAGGCGGUGAGUAAAUUCAAUA